AUGGCUUUAAAAGUUUCUUCAACGCCAUCAGAGAUGAACAUAAGUGUACCCAAUAUCAUAAAAAUUGAAAAGCUGUUGCAUGACACAGCAUAUAGUGAAUUAAUAGAAUUAAGUUCAAAUUUCAAUACGAGAUUACGUGUGGAAAGGAAGUUGCGAAUGCCAUUUCUUGAUCCACAAACAGGCGUCGCACAAAAUCAUUCAAAUUUAUUUAUGAAAAAGGCACAGAGGAUGCCUGGAAUGAGAGAUGGUCAAAUUUAUUCAUAUCCAUCGCUUAGAUGGAGAAAGGCGAAACGUCAAUACUUGACAAAUGCUAACUCAUAUCCAUGGAAUUAUCGUCCAUUUGGAAGGUUUCGAGAAAAUGAGUUUGAGGCAAUUUCCAAUACCGAGCACUUCCCAACAGUUACAGAAGAUUCAUCUUCGUUCAGACCAGGAAUCACAGACGACAGUCACAGUAAGGAUUCGCAUAAAGAUGAUGGCUCAAAAGGUUCUGGAUGGUAUUACGAUGAGAUGGACAUGCAUGAGAUUGACAAUUUUGAAGAUCCAGAAGAGGAUUCAGAUGAUGACUUUAUGGAGCCAAGAAGUGGACGAAAAAAGAGAGCAUCAGGUCGUGGACCAGGUUCAGCUCGUCGUUCGAGGGUUGAAAGAGAUCCAGAUUCACGUCGUGGUCGAGGUCGUGGACGGGGAAAGAAAGCAACAAAUCCAUCAGCAGCCAUUGACAACAAUUCAAAUAGUAGUGAUAAGUUCAGUGAGUUUUCUAAACGACGCACAAAUCCACCACCUCAAAUCACGACAAUCCAUAAUCCGAAUCCAAAUGAUAUUGAAGCUAUUCCAGAGCAUAAAAUUCCAACGACAGAACGAGGCAAGACUCAUUUUGAGGAGGAGAGAAGCUUAAUCAGCACAACAGCUUCAACGUCAUCGUCAGUUUUGCCGACAAGUAUGGGCUUUAUAAAUAAGCCACAACCAGGCGAGAAGAAUGACAAGCCAAGAGCAUCUCCAUCGCCAUAUUGUGAUUUCUGUUUAGGAGAUACGAAGGAGAAUAAGAAGACAGGCUUUCCAGAAGAAUUGGUUUCAUGUUCCGACUGUGGACGAAGUGGACAUCCAACAUGCUUGCAAUUCACUGAAAACAUGAUUAUUUCCGUGAAAAAAUAUCGAUGGCAAUGUAUCGAAUGUAAAUGUUGUAGCAUUUGUGGUACGAGUGAGAAUGACGAGACUUUAUUGUUCUGUGACAGUUGUGAUGCUGGUUUUCACAUGUAUUGUCUAUCGCCUCCUCUGACACAACCACCUGAAGGAAGCUGGGACUGCAAAUCUUGCAUUGAAACGUUUUACAAAAACAAAUAA